CGCCCGAGCGAGCGGCGAGCCGGGGGGGAAGGGGCCCGGAAGGAGGCGAGCGCGGCCGCGACGCCGGGAGCCGGACGCCUGCCCGUGCCGGCCUGCCGCCGCCGCCGCCGCCUUCCCUGCCUGCGCCCGAGCCCGGAGUCCCGCCGCCGUCGAGACCGGAGCGCGGCGGUCGGGCGUGGGGCGAGCGGGCGAGCGGGGCCGGGAGCCGGAGGCCGCCGGCGGUCCUGCGCCAGGCACGGUGGGCUUCUGCCUGCGGGAUUAGGCGAGGGGCGGAAAGGGAGGAAAAAGAGAGGCCGAGCGAGAGAAGCCAGGCGAUCGGAUUGUCCAGGAGGCUGGUGUGGAGGAAUAUCCCACCUCGAACUCAAAUCCACAAUAAUAAUCCAAACUAUUAAUAAUAAGGGAGCAGUUUUUCUGGCCAGGCGAGAGGGAGAACAGGGGGAACGGGAAGAAGCGAAAUCUCCGUUUCAUGGAGGCUGAGGCAAGAGAAAAUUUCGGAUCCUGGAUGUGGAGGAGCAAAACAGAACUAACUCAGGAAAUUGUCUUUCAGAAAAAGGCCGAACCUAGGCUGGGAGUCAGGCUGGGGUAGGUGGAGAAACCUGCAAGUUUAAAGGAAAAAGAAAAGGAGAAUAUUUUCAGAGAUUUUUCUCUGGUUUGUGGUAUUGCUACCAUUUUAAAGGUAAAAAGCAUUGCAUUUCAGGUGUUCUUUGAUUUUUUUUUUUUUUUGGUGCGAUUGGCUCAUUUAAGAAUUUCAAAACCUUUCAUAUAAAAGCUUUUUUUAAAGGAAAUUCAUAAUUUUGGUUCCCAGGGUUGCACUGGACUAGGAAGGAGUUCUGUUGUGUACAUACUAGUGUAUGGUUUUAUUUAUUUUUUUACUGUGCAAAUCAGCUGGAAGAUUUUUUCCAGGUGUCAAUUUGGAUUUUUUUUUUUUUUGGUCCCUCAGUAUAUUUGUUGUCAUUUUAAGCAUUGGAGACCAGAGCAUUAUUUUUUCCCCCUUUGGAGCUUGAGGCUGUCUUGCCAACAGAAGGACAGCUAGGAAAACUAGAUUAAAAGGAUGGUUUUUAUCUGUAUUUUGCAGUUAAGAUUGAUAUUUUGAAGGCACAUUCUUUCUGUGAUUUUUUUUUUUUUUUAAGCCCAUAGCGCUAACCUUGAAGAGAUUUGUGGUUGGGUUUUUGGUUUCUAAGAAGGUCAUAGUUUUUUCUCUUCUUCUUUCGGGUUUUUUCUGUUGUUUUUUUUUAAGGGGGAGGGGAAAAGGGGGCUAAGAAAGGAGACCAUGUUAACUGGUAGAAGUAGAAUGGAGCUUCAGUUACCAGGGUCCUGAGAGCUGGAAGAAAAAGGAUUCUGUCUUCAAGUUGGGAGGCCAUCCUCUCACCUUUCUUAAAAAUUGCAAGCGAUUCAGUCCUGAUCAAGACAUCAAAACUACAGGAUUCUGGAACUGUGGAGACACUGAGAAAUCAUGAGUGUAAGGUUACCCCAGAGUAUAGACAGCCCCAUUGCAGCCUGGUUAAGUAGCCUGUCUUUGGGAGAUUCAGCACCUGAACGCAAGUCCCCUUCCCACCACCGCCAACCCUCCGACACCUCUGAGACAACAGGUCUCGUUCAACGCUGUGUCAUCAUCCAAAAGGACCAGCAUGGCUUCGGCUUCACAGUCAGCGGGGAUCGCAUCGUUCUGGUGCAGUCUGUACGGCCUGGAGGUGCAGCCAUGAAAGCCGGUGUGAAAGAAGGCGACCGGAUCAUCAAGGUGAACGGCACCAUGGUGACCAAUAGCUCACAUCUGGAAGUGGUGAAGCUUAUCAAAUCUGGUGCCUAUGUUGCACUGACCCUCCUGGGCUCUUCACCCUCAUCCAUUGGUGUCUCUGGGCCCCAGCAGGACCCAGUCCCAGCAGGAGCUCCCCGAGUCACCCCUGUGAUCCCACCACCACCACCCCCUCCACCUCUGCCACCUCCACAGCGCAUCACAGGACCCAAACCUCUGCAGGAUCCUGAAUUUCAAAAACAUGCCACUCAGAUCCUUAGGAAUAUGCUGAGGCAGGAGGAAAAAGAGUUACAGCGUAUCUGUGAGGUGUAUAGCCGGAACCCCGGCAGCCUGCUGGAAGAGCAGAUCGAAGGCGCCCGGCGGCGAGUCACUCAGUUACAGCUGAAGAUCCAGCAGGAGACUGGUGGCUUAGUGGACAUACUUCCGCUAUAUGGUGACACCGGCCAGAGAUCAUCAGAAGGCCGACUCUCUCUGGAUUCCCAGGAGGGGGACGGUGGCCUGGACUCUGGCACAGAGCGCUUUCCUUCCCUCGGCGAGUCAUUGGUGAAUCGGAACUCAGUACUGUCAGACCCUGGGCCAGACAGUCCUCGAACCUCCCCUGUAAUCAUGGCCCGGGUGGCCCAGCACCACAGGCGGCAGGGCUCGGAUGCAUUGGUUCCCCCCAGCGGUGACCAGGGUGUAGAUCAAAGCCCAAAGCCUUUAAUUAUUGGCCCAGAGGAAGAUUAUGACCCGGGUUAUUUCAACAACGAGAGCGACAUCAUAUUCCAGGACUUUGAGAAACUUAAGUCACGGCCGGCUCACCUGGGGGUUUUUCUACGGUACAUCUUCUCUCAGGCGGACCCCAGUCCACUGCUUUUUUACUUGUGUGCAGAAGUUUAUCAGCAAACAAACCCCAAGGAUUCCCGAAGCUUGGGAAAAGACAUCUGGAAUAUUUUCCUAGAGAAAAAUGCGCCUCUGAGAGUGAAGGUCCCAGAGAUGUUACAGGCUGAAAUUGACCUGCGCCUGCGGAAUGGUGAGGACGUGCGCGCUGUUCUCUGUGAGGCUCAGGAGGCAGCCAUGCCAGAGAUCCAGGAGCAGAUCCAUGACUACAGAACAAAGCGCACUCUGGGGCUGGGAAGCCUGUAUGGUGAAAACGACCUUCUGGACCUGGAUGGGGACCCUCUCCGCGAGCGCCAGGUGGCAGAGAAGCAGCUGGCUGCCCUAGGAGACAUUUUGUCCAAAUACGAGGAAGACAGGAGUGCCCCCAUGGACUUCGCCCUCAAUACCUACAUGAGCCAUGCGGGCAUCCGUCUUCGAGAAGCACGACCUUCCAACACAGCUGAAAAGGCCCAGUCCGCUCCUGACAAGGACAAAUGGCUACCCUUCUUCCCGAAGACCAAGAAGCAGAGCAGCAAUUCCAAGAAAGAAAAGGAUGCCUUGGAGGACAAGAAGCGAAACCCCAUCCUCAAGUACAUCGGGAAGCCCAAAAGCUCUUCCCAGAGCACAUUUCAUAUUCCCUUGUCCCCUGUGGAAGUCAAGCCAGGCAACGUGAGGAACAUCAUUCAGCACUUUGAGAACAGCCAGCAGUGCGACGCCCCAGAGCCCGGGACGCAGCGACUCUCCACAGGAAGCUUUCCCGAGGACCUGCUGGAGAGCGACAGUUCUCGCUCAGAGAUUCGCCUGGGCCGCUCUGAGAGCCUGAAGGGCCGGGAGGAGAUGAAGCGGUCCCGGAAGGCAGAGAACGUGCCCCGUUCUCGCAGCGACGUGGACAUGGACGCGGCCGCAGAGGCCGCCCGCCUUCACCAGUCAGCCUCGUCCUCUGCCUCCAGCCUCUCCACCAGGUCUCUUGAGAACCCAACCCCUCCCUUCACCCCCAAAAUGGGCCGCAGGAGCAUUGAGUCCCCCAGCUUGGGGUUCGGCACAGAUGCCCUCCUCCCCAACCUCCUAGAAGAUGAUCUGGGCCAGCUGUCUGACCUGGAGCCAGAGCCCGACGCCCAAAACUGGCAGCAUGCAGUGGGCAAGGACGUGGUGGCUGGGCUAAGCCAGAGGGAAGUUGACCGGCAGGAGGUCAUCAACGAGCUGUUUGUGACAGAGGCUUCCCAUCUGCGCACACUCCGGGUGCUGGACCUGAUCUUCUACCAGCGGAUGAAGAAGGAGGGCCUGCUGCCCCGGGAGGAGCUGGCGAGGCUCUUCCCCAACCUGCCCGAGCUCAUCGAGAUCCACAAUUCCUGGUGUGAAGCCAUGAGGAAACUCCGGGAGGAGGGCCCCAUCAUCAAAGAAGUCAGUGACCUCAUGCUGGCUCGGUUCGAUGGCCCCGCCCGGGAGGAGCUCCAGCAGGUGGCCGCGCAGUUCUGCUCCUAUCAGUCCAUCGCCCUGGAGCUGAUCAAGACCAGGCAGCGCAAGGAGAGCCGGUUCCAGCUCUUCAUGCAGGAGGCUGAGAGCCACCCCCAGUGCCGGCGGCUGCAGCUUAGAGACCUCAUCAUCUCUGAGAUGCAGCGGCUCACCAAGUACCCACUGCUGCUGGAGAACAUCAUCAAGCACACGGAGGGUGGCACCUCUGAGCAUGAGAAACUCUGCCGGGCCCGGGAUCAGUGCCGGGAAAUUCUCAAGUACGUGAAUGAAGCAGUGAAGCAGACAGAGAACCGGCACCGUCUAGAGGGCUACCAGAAACGUCUGGAUACCACCUCCCUGGAGAGGGCCAGCAACCCCCUGGCAGCGGAGUUCAAGAGUCUGGAUCUUACAACCAGAAAGAUGAUCCAUGAGGGGCCCCUGACCUGGAGGAUCAGCAAAGAUAAGACCUUGGACCUCCAUGUGCUGCUGCUGGAGGACCUCCUCGUGCUGCUGCAGAAACAGGAUGAGAAGCUGCUGCUGAAGUGCCACAGCAAGACAGCCGUGGGCUCCUCGGACAGCAAGCAGACCUUCAGCCCGGUGCUCAAGCUCAAUGCCGUGCUCAUCCGCUCCGUGGCCACAGAUAAACGGGCCUUCUUCAUUAUCUGUACCUCCGAGCUGGGCCCACCCCAGAUCUACGAGCUGGUGGCAUUGACGUCAUCAGACAAGAACACAUGGAUGGAGCUCUUAGAAGAGGCCGUGCGGAACGCCACCAGGCACCCUGGAGCCGCCCCAAAGCCCGUCCACCCACCGCCCUCAGGCCCCCAGGAGCCAGCCCACCAGAGCCCCACACCCAGCAGGGAAGGACUGGAUGACUCCGAGGUGUUCCAUAGUGAGCCAGAGCCUGAGACAGUACCUGGAGGCACUGGGCCCCAGCAGAGGGUCAAAGGGAAGCACCCGGUCCUGCUAGAGGACCCCAAGCAGGAGGGCAGCAUAGAAGAAGAGGAGCUGGGUACCCUGCCUCACCCUUCUGCCUCCCUGGAUGGAGAGAACAGGGGCAGCAGGACAAGGGACCCCAUCCUCCUGCCCCUCCCAGGCCCUCUGUUCAUGGAAGGACUCGCCGAUGCAGCCCUGGAGGACGUGGAGAACCUGCGGCACCUGAUCCUGUGGAGCCUGCUGCCAGCUCGCCCCACGGACCCACAGACUUCUGGGGAGCCCGAGGACGACCUGACACCUACACCUUCCGUCAUCAGCAUCACUUCUCACCCCUGGGACCCAGGCUCCCCAGGGCGAGCUCCCACUGGGGGUGAAGGGGACAAUGCCCCGCUCUCAGGGCCAGAGCGGGGCCAGCAGGAGGACAUGGCUCUCUGUUCUCUGGAACACCUGCCCCCAAGGACCAGAAAUUCUGGGAUCUGGGAAUCUCCUGAGCUGGACAGGAAUCCAGAGGAAGAAGCUUCGAGCACAGAGGCAACAGGAAGUUACAAAGUGGUGAGAAAAGUCUCUACUGUCCCUGGUGGUGGUGUCGGUGCAGCUGAGGUGGCAGGCAGCAAAGUUGUCCCUGCGCUACCAGAGAGUGGCCAGUCAGAGCCUGAGCCACCCGAAGUGGAAGGCGGAGCAAAGGCUACGGGAAACUGCUUUUACGUGAGCAUGCCGGCAGGACCCCUGGACUCAAGCACUGACCCCUCAGGGGCACGCGUGGGGCCCUCCCAGCCCGAUGGCCUCCCUGCCUGGCAGCCGGCGCCUCGGCCCGCGCUGCGGGAAGGCAAUGAAGAUCAAAGGCGCCUGGGCCGCUCUCCCCCCAGCCUGGCCCUCAGGGACAUGGGCGUGAUCUUCCAUACCAUCGAGCAGCUCACCGUCAAGCUCAACAGGCUCAAGGACAUGGAGCUGGCCCACAAAGAGCUGCUCAGGUCCCUCGGGGGAGAGUCAUCUGGUGGCACCACGCCUGUGGGCGGUUUCCACACAGAGGCAGCUAGAUGGAUAGACAGCUCCCUGUCCCCUCCAGCCAAGGAGCACCUGGCCUCUGACUCCAGGGACAGCUGUGAACUGGGGCCCUGCCCUGAGGACGGGAACUCCAGGGUUUCUGGAGGAGGAGAAUGCCUUGUCACGGAAGGAUGGCACUGAAGAGCUGCUCUCACAAGCCUGAGGACUUUGCAGGCGGAACACAGAGGGAGGGUCAUCUCAGAGGCCAGCCAGCACCUCACUGCCAUCCCCACAUCCCUGCAGGCCACAACGCCCCGCUGGAAGAUGGCCCGGCGGACUCGGCCACAUCCCCAGGACUGUAGCUGUCCAAACCACCGAAUCCUCCGCGUCCCGACUCCUCCUCUAGGGACUGGCCUGAGGCAGGGCUCAGGGUGGGGAGAGCCCAAACCUCCUCCCUGCCGUGGAGGCAGGCGGUUGAAGAGACAGCUCCAGCCAAGACCGGGGGGGAGAUGCGCAUGUUGCUUGGUCUGCUCGGAUUGGAGUCAAGUUUCAGUGUCUUUUCCCCUCCCUUCAGCCCAACCCUUCAAGGCCUUGUGUCUCCUAAGCAUGCUGACUGCAUCUGAAAGGCCCCCCUCGUCCCACGUAUGUGUGCGCACCUGUAUGUGUGGGUGCCCUCAGACAAGCCAGUGCGGGUGAAAGGAGGCGGCUCCAGUGUAAAUGCACUUUCUUCCUCCCCUCCCUUCUCCACAGGACCCCAAGGCUGGGGUGGGUGUCUCCACCUCUCCUCUCUUUGUCACUUUGGUUUCCUAUAAAUAUGUAUGUAUUGUAUGUGCAUCUUUGCUAUUGUAAAUAACUUUGACCUUUUUUGUUUCUGAUCCUGGCGUGCCGAAGGCAGUUACAGAGGGACUGCUAAGGGAAGAGGAGGUUCACUUGUAUCUCUGUCAGCAGCCCAGCUCCAGGAUCAGGGCCCAAAGGUGGAGCCAGCCCUGAGCGCUCCGCCCCCGACCUCCCAUAGGCAAGAAGGCCUCCAGCUUCCGGCCCCGCCUGGCCAGAGAGCCUAGCCUCUGCAGCUCGGUGCUGAGCUACUCCCUCCCUCCUAGGACUUCUCAUCUUCAGGGGAACUUCUUACCCCACCUGUGUCCACCCUGCCCCACCCUCUCCCUAUAGAAAACCAGUGUAUCAGGUACAGAGCUGAAAACUGGGCCCCAGGGAGGUGGGGGUAGGGGUUUGAAUGCUGGAGUCCCUAAACUAACCUAGGACCAUCCCCAGGGGCCACCACAGCUUUGGCCCCUAUUACCACAUCCACUCCACUCCCCACAGACUAAUAGAAUAUACACACUGUGCUAGGUGUAUAUAUACAUAUAUAUAUAUAAAUAUAUAUAAUAUAUAUAAAAUACAGAUAUGGAAAUGACUGUUUUGCUGUUAAAAUAAUGUAUACUCUUUUAUUUUCUUCCUUUCAUGGUUUUUUUUUUUAAGAAAAGUUAAAUAUUCUUCAACUGUG